CAGUCCUUUAAGCAGUGACACCCACCCUGACACGGGUUUCUCUGGGGUGUGUGGAAGGGAGGGGCGGGGACGCGCCGGGAGAAGCCACCGCAGGAGGUUCCCUUCCUUAGGUCUCGUGUCUGCCGGCUCUUCUCUUCGCGGUCCCUGCCGCCGCUUCUGCGCUCGCGCGUCCCCGUGCGCUUUUUUUGCACAGCAGCUGUGCGCCAGGCGGGAGCAAAGACACAGGCGAUGUGUGUGUCCGGGGAGCAGGUGCGCGCGCGCCGGAGCGUUCCCGCGCCUUUCUCUCAGGUCCACAGGUAGCAGCAGCAGCCGCCGCCGCCGCCGCCGCCGCCGAAGAAGACGACGACGACGAAGAGGGAGGGGGGGGGAGAAACGGCAACUCAGCUGCAGGAGAGCCUGGGCUCGGCUUUGGGAGCGGCGCCGAGGCUCCCUUCGGCCGUGCGGAUGGAUGGCCGGCGGAGCGCUCUCCCCGGGGCUGCCUGCGCCCGUCGCCUUUGACCCGUGUGGGCUGCUUGCUUUCUCUUGAGCCUCCUUUCCCGCCUCGCUCCUUCUUCUCUUCCUUCGUUGGUUUUUAAAAGAUGAUCAUGAGGAUGAGGAUGCUUUUAAAAAAAAUCGUCAGCCUGGGGAUCCGUUGCGAUAGAAAUGGGAUUUUUUUUCUUCCCUCCCCCGCCUUCGCAAACGACUUUUUAUUUUAACCAAAUGCUUUUCUUUCUGACCUGGACAUCCGUUCGGCUUGCCAAGUUUGUAGCGAGACACGUCUUCUGAAAUUUCGGUCUCCCGCUCCUCUGCACAUUUUCUCUUUCCCCCCCCCCCGCGCCUUUUUUUUUUUUGAGAGGGGGCUGUUAACAUCUCUUACAGCAGCCCUUCCUGCAUGUAGCGACACCGAUUUCGAUUUUCUUUCCUCCUCUCCUUAUUUUUUUUCCAAAACCGAGCCGCCUCUCCCCGCUUCUCUUUCAAGACAUUGGCAGAUCCUCUAGGGAGCUAAUGGAUACUAAGGAAUCGCCUUGCCACCUUCUUCCGUCGACUCUUCACCAAAGAGGGACAAUGAAGACAUAACGUUGCUUGCCCCCCUCCCGUACCUCUAUACCCAUACAUAUAUAAAACAAAAAAUUCCAGCCGUCAACUUCGCCUCCUCAUCUCCAAGUAUUUAUGACUGCAGAUCAGGUACUAAGGAGGGGUAGUUUGAUAAGGAUAUAGACCUUCAGCUAACUGGAAUUGAUUUACAAAUGGGGAAUCUUCAGUAAAUGGAUGCUCUCUGCAUUUGGUUACUUUGGAAAACAGAAUUGUUGAUUGAAUGACGUCUGAAAAAGAAGGCUGAGUGAAGAUGCUGUCUCUACAAGAGUGAAAGCAAUGGAACAUGGUUGUUGUGUGAAGAGGGUUUUGCAGAUUUCCUGACAGGCUCACCCUCUGGGAGUCUAAUUCAUACAUUUCAUUUCCCUGGCCCCUUGGGAAGAGCCUUGUUUACCCGUUUUCUUUCCCAUCCAGUGGAUACAAAUAAGAUUGUUUUCACCACAGCCGUACAACUAAUGUGGGACCAUCAUGGCCUUUCCAAAAUCCAUGUGGCUGAAUUGCAUGUGGAGAGCGAUACUAGUCCGCCUUUUGCACGUGGGAUUGGAUGCCACGUUCACAUUUUGCAUACUUGGCUUCUUGCUUCAUGCUGCUGCAGUAUCGUCGCAAAAACUGGACGAUACUGACCCAGUGGUGACCACCAGCUUUGGAAAGAUCAGAGGGAUGAAGAAGGAAUUGAACAAUGAAAUUUUGGGGCCUGUUAUUCAGUUUCUUGGAGUUCCUUAUGCUGCUCCUCCAGUUGGGGAGCGUAGAUUUCAACCCCCUGAACCACCAUCUCCGUGGCCAGAUAUUAAAAAUGCUACUCAGUUUGCACCGGUGUGUCCCCAGAACAUUAUAGAGGGCAGGUUACCUGAAGUCAUGCUUCCUGUCUGGUUUACUAAUAACUUGGAUAUAGUUUCUACCUACGUUCAAGAUCAGAAUGAAGACUGCCUCUAUUUGAAUAUAUAUGUCCCAACUGAAGAUGUCAAAAGAAUAUCCAAGGAAUGUGCCAGAAAACCCGGCAAGAAAAUUUGUAGAAAAGGAGGUCCCCUAACAAAGAAACAGACAGAUGAUUUAGGUGAUAAUGAAGGUGCAGAGGACGAAGACAUUCGAGAUAGUGGGGGGCCCAAACCAGUGAUGGUGUAUAUUCAUGGAGGGUCCUACAUGGAAGGCACUGGAAAUUUAUAUGAUGGGAGUGUGCUGGCCAGUUAUGGCAAUGUGAUUGUCAUCACCGUCAACUACCGGCUUGGGGUACUUG